GUCAUGGGAGUUAUGGGAGUACUUCUUGUCACACACUGCAUUGUCUUGUACCUUCUUCAGAUGGUAGCACUGAGUUCAGAACAAUUCACAGUGACUGGCUUAGAGGGGCCAGUCUUGGCUCCAUUGGGUGGAACCCUUGAACUCAGCUGUCAGUUGUCCCCACCACAACAUGCACAGCACAUGGAGAUUCGCUGGUUCAGGAACCGCUAUACGCAGCCAGUGCACCUGUACAGGGAUGGUAAAGACCUGCAUGGAGAAACUAUCUCCAAGUAUGUGGAGAGGACUGAACUCAUCAAAGAUGCCAUUGGAAAAGGAAAAGUGACCCUCAGGAUUUUUAAAGUGACAGUUGAUGAUGAUGGGCCAUACCACUGCUUCUUCAAAGAUGGUGAAUUCUAUGAAGAGCACAUUACUGAGGUCAAGGUCACAGCCACAAGCUCAGACGUACAGAUUCUUAUGCAUCCCCCUAAUACCAAAGGUGUGAUGUUAGAGUGUCAUGCAGGAGGUUUGUUUCCACUGCCUCAUAUGGAAUGGAGAGACAGCAAAGGAGAGGUCAUUCCAGCAACAUCAAAAUCCCAUUCACAGGAUAAAAACAAAUUGUUCAACAUGACAAUAUCCCUUCUUAUCAAAACCAGCUCCCACAGGAAUGUCACUUGCUAUCUUCAAAACCAUCUAACUCACCAAGAAGAGAGCAUAUGUAUCACCCUAUCAGGUGAACUGUUUUCAUGGAAAAUUGUUUGGAUAGCAAUUCUGAGUACAUUAUUGUCUGUGCUAAUAGCCUUCCUCAUGAUUUCCUGUAUUCAGCAACAUGUCAUACAUGGUAUCUGCUCUGAGAGAUUUCCUCGCUGGUUAAAGGGUUCAAUGGUACUCAUGAUUUCAGUGUUUGCAGUUAUAGGAGUUAUGCUCAUUUUGCAUCUAAAACAAAGAGUCCCUGUUUCAGAUUCACAUUUUGAAUUGGACACUUUGUGGCUGGAAGAUAUUAGUGUGAUCCUGUGUGUGCUGAUAGUGUUCAUCAUCAAGCUCAUUUUAUUAAUUUACUUCAGAUUGGAAGGUGAAUAUGAUGAAUGUGCACCUGGAUGCAAACAAUGUUCCUGUAAAUUAAACAUAAUAGCAAAGAUCUUGCAGUUGCUAUGUUUUAUAGUCUUCUCUGUAACGAUCCUUCUUGUGUAUCUGCAGUUACGGAACAAAACAUAUAUUUCAGAUCCCUCAUUUCCCUUGUACAAGAACUGGUUGAUGAAUACGGCAGUGGUAGUAGGAUUUCUGACAGCAAUUUUCACUAUUACAACAAUUGCAUUAUCGUGGAUGCACAUAAAAAGUUGGUGCAAAACCCAAUGGACUACUCCAACAGAUGCUAAGGAAAGCAGACACAAUAAAAAACAGAUAAACGUGAUCUUCUACAACGCUGAAGAUAGGACUGGGAGAUUGGAAUUAGAAGACAAGAAGGAGAGUGAAUAUUGCCUACAUGAUUUCCUUGCCAUCAUCCCCAUUGUGUUUCCAGGGAGUGCCUUUGAAAGCUGGCAGUUGAAAUAA